CACGUGGACGCAGCAGCAGCAGGAGCUUCAGCAUGCCGCAGUCAGGGAGUAAAACCCAGCUAAACGGCACCAUGAGUAAAGUUAAAUCCAAGAAAAGAAUCGCCGAGGUGGACGAGGAACAACUCCCCAUGUUUGGUAAGGCAGGUCAUCUUGAUGACAGUGAUGAAAAUGAAGAUAUUUCUGACAGUGAGGAGAGUGUCUUUUCUGGGCUUGAGGACUCUGGAAGUGAUGAUAAGAGUGAUGAUGACGACUCAGAGGUAGAUUCUGCUGAAGAGUUCACAAAAGAAAACGAUAAUGAAAAGAGUGAUGAUGAUGAACCGUCCACCAAAACUAUGAGCAAACCUCAGACUGAGAAACAAUCAGCAAAGAAGAAAAAGCUGGUGAAGAAAAAGCAGAAGAAGAGUUUAGAAGAGAAGUCAGAAGAGAAUGAAGCAGCAGAUGAAAAGAGUGGCCAGAAUAUUACCGCUCAGGUGGAUGAGUACGAGCAUGACACGUCAGAUGAAGAGGACAUCCGCAACACAGUGGGCAAUAUUCCGAUGGAAUGGUACAAAGAUUACCCCCACAUCGGGUAUGACCUGGAUGGCAAGAAGAUCUUCAAGCCAAUCAGGAACAAGGACGAGCUAGAUGAAUUCCUGGACAAGAUGGAGAAUCCUGAUUACUGGCGCACUGUCCAUGACAAAAUGACAGGAACAGACAUCCGUCUGUCAGAUGAGCAAGUGGAUCUGGUGCACCGUCUGCAGCAAGGCAAAUUUGGUGACGUAAACUUCAACGAGUAUGAGCCUGCCAUUGACUUCUUCUCCAAUGAAGUAAUGAUUCAUCCGGUGACCAACAGACCCGAGGACAAGCGCAGCUUCAUCCCGUCUCUCAUAGAGAAGGAAAAGGUUGGAAAGCUGGUUCAUGCUAUAAAGAUGGGCUGGAUUAAACCACGCAGGCCCAAGGAAACCGGACCUCAAUACUAUGACCUGUGGGCAAAGGAAGACCCCAACGCUAUCCUGGGCCGCCACAAAAUGCACAUUCCUGCUCCAAAGAUGAGAUUGCCUGGUCAUGAGGAGUCCUACAACCCCCCUCCAGAGUACAUUCUCAAUGAGGAAGAGAGACUGGCAUGGGAGCAGCAGGACCCUGAGGACCGAAAGCUGAGCUUCCUCCCCGAGAUGUACCCCUGCCUGCGUGUGGUACCUGCAUACUCGCGCUUCAUUCACGAGCGGUUCGAGCGCUGCCUUGACCUCUACCUAUGUCCCCGUCAACGCAAGAUGCGGGUAAAUGUGAACCCAGAGGACCUGAUCCCCAAGCUGCCUAAACCUAAAGACUUGCAGCCCUUCCCUACCACUCAGUCUUUGGUGUACCGUGGUCACUCCGGACUGGUGCGCUGUAUCAGUGUGUCUCCCAGUGGACAGUGGCUGGUAUCAGGCUCAGAUGACUGCACAGUGUGCUUCUGGGAGGUAAGCACAGCGCGUUGCCUGAAGACCAUGGAGGUGAGCGGAGCAGUGAAGAGUGUGGCAUGGUGUCCCAACCCUGCAGUAUCUCUGGUGGCUGUCAGCUAUGGCGAGACCGUAGUGCUGAUAAACCCUGGGCUAGGUGACCGGAUGAUCUGCAAUGCUACUGAUCAACACAUCUCCUCCUAUGACGAACCGGAAGAGGCCAAGGAGCAGGCGGUCAAGUGGACUGUCUCUGAGGGCAAAGAUCAUGAGCAGGGUCAACGACUCAUUCUUACACAUCCCAAGGCUGUGAGACAGGUGACUUGGCAUGGAAAGGGCGACUACCUUGCCUGCGUCAUGCCCGACGACAGCAGCAGUCUGCAGGUGGUCAUUCACCAGGUGAGCAAGCGCCGCACUCAGAACCCCUUCCGCAAGAACAAGGGCAUGGUGCAGUGCGUCUCCUUCCAUCCCAUCCGACCCUACUUCUUUGUGGCCACCCAGCGCUAUGUGCGCAUCUACAACCUCAUCAAGCAAGAACUCACCAAGAAGCUCAUGGCCAACUGCAAGUGGAUCUCCAGCAUGGCUGUGCACCCAGCAGGUGAUAAUGUAGUCUGUGGAAGCUAUGACUGUCGGCUAGCCUGGUUUGAUCUGGAUCUGUCCACAAAGCCGUACAAAGUCCUCCGGCACCAUAAGAAAGCUCUGAGGAGUGUGGCCUACCACAAGCAUUACCCAUUGUUUGCCUCUGGCUCAGAUGAUGGCAGUGUCAUUGUCUGUCAUGGAAUGGUUUACAAUGACCUGUUGCAGAACCCUCUCAUCGUCCCCGUUAAGGUUUUGAAAGGUCAUACCAUCACUCAUGACCUUGGGGUGCUCGAUGUGGCUUUCCACCCCACCCAACCCUGGGUAUUUUCCUCCGGGGCUGAUGGAACAGUUCGUCUCUUUACCUAGUCUUCCCAGUCUCUUCUGUUGUUUAGUGAUUGUAUUUGUGUAUCCUGUAAGAGAAAAUGAGAUUUUUAAACUCCAGUUUUUACAUCUUGUUACUAAGCAAACGUAUGAGGUAAAAUGAUGACGAUGCUAGGUGUUAUUUCUUUUUUAUUUUAUCAACAUGUCACAUUUUUAUGAAACUCGAAGGAUAAAAGUAAAAAAAUAAAAGUCAAGUCGGUGUCAAAUCAUGACAUGCCUGGUUUCCAGCGUCAAGCACAAGCGUGCCUAAUUUCCACCACCAAUUUUCUCUGAGUGGUCCGGAAGGACUUUUCCCACAUUGGGUUGAGCAGCUGCCUCACAGCACAUCAAGACUGAACGCAUAAAAAUAUAUGUUUAACUUUCAUACAUGCCAAGGGAAACAAGUGAGAAGUAAGCUGCUGUGAGUUUCAGCAGUUCUGUCCUACCUAAGCUCAUUUUUCCAAUUAAAUCCACGCUUGUUUUACUUGGUCAGUUUGCCAGUAUCCAUGAUCAGGCACGCUGUGUUGUGUUAAACAUGUUGAGUCGUGAAAUCUUGACCGGGUGUAUUGCUGAGAGCCGUUAUUUUUAAUUAAAACUCCUGUUUUCUGAA